UAUAUAGCCAGCUAUGUAAACUUUAACAGUGAUUUAUCCUGCAAUGGAUGUCUUUCAAUUGGUAACACACAUUUUGGUCUUCUUCUAAUGCCUCUUAAGGGGAAAGUAAUCUAAAAGUAACUCAAUGUAAUCAGAUUACGUUACUGAGUUUGGGUAAUCCAAAAGUUACAUUACUGAUUACAAUUUAGGACAGUUAAUUAACUAGUAACUUUUUUAACGGAUUACAUUUAGAAAGUAACCCACCCAACCCUGGUAAACACCCAUGCAGUACAGGAACCCGUCAAAACACUUUUCAAUAUGAUCCCCACCUUUCAUUUGUCCCUACAUUGACUCUAUUUAUUUAUUUUAUCCACGGUGCAUAUACAGUAUACAGCUUGAGGUGCAGGUGCGUUAAUGUCUCCAAAUGCCACCUGUUCCUCCACAUCCGGUACAUUUUGGUCAUCCAUAAAUGAACUGAUUUGGUCAACGCUGUAGCUCAAACUCUGGUCCUCAUUAGUCCAAAAGGUACAAGGAGCGCGGCGGAGUGCGAGUAGGCGUGGUGAAGCUAUCCAAACAGUCCUUGGUCAAUAGAACUGAGUGCUCGAGGGCUGGCGCUGUGGACGAGGUGGGCGUUCUGCAGCAGGAGGGGUCUCUUCCUCUUGGGCAGCGGAGCGAGUUAUUCUGGCAAGCACUUUGAGAUGUGUAGCGAGACACAGCGAUACAUGCUUACAAUCGUUGGAGAUAAGUUUGGAAAACAAGUGCUGAAGUUUUGAAUGAGACGACUCUGGGGUUGUCCAAGUGAUACAUUUGGUUGGACAAAGGAAAGCGUAACGAGUUUCCCAAACUUUGGAGCGAGAGGAGCGUAAGUGGACGUUUAUCCGAAACCUGUUUUCUACCCCGAGGUUCAGACCCCGAGAGCGGCUGCAUGAAGAGGGGAGUCUGUUUUAAUUGGAUUUGAAUGUGGACUUUAAAUGAGGCACCAUAGCGGAGAGAAACAUUGAGAUUAUUUUUCUAACAGUUUUGCUUCCAAGUGCUUUUAUUGUUCAGAGAGACGCGGCGAAAGGGGUUCCUCUUUUCAAGGCACAGGCGACUUCACCUGUCAUGCGGAAUACAAAACUGGAGGAAUAUAACAUUGUUUCUUGUUUAAGCCUGUGGUUACAGUUACUACAUUUAUUGACGCGUGGCCGACAUGCAAGGAAAGGGUAAAUUAAUUGUCAACUCAAGUAAUUGCAAAGCUUGGUGAAUGAUUUACAAUUGAAUGCAACCUAUUUAGAGCCUCGGUCGGCUUGGUGUUCAUAGUCCAUCUUCCCGAAAUCCUCACUAGCUUUAUUGGAUAAAACAUUGGCACUUUAUUUCGGGUUUUUUCGGAUCUUGGCUGCUGUAUUUACAAUCACCAUGGUUCCUUCGAAAGGUGCUCAUGCUGUUGGAAGAGAAUGAGCGUCCUGCAGUCUGGGAUGAAACUUGUCUGUGAUUUAUAGAACAGAGGACUGUGGACAUGCUGCUGGAGCAAUUACGCUUCUCCUGGGAUUUCAUAUGUCGGAGAUGCAGUCAUAAAUGAAAGGAAAGCCUGAGCUUAGCAAAUACUGGGUCCACAACGCAAUUCCUGUCAUUUUUCUACCUAUAUUCUUUAUAUGGAAAUAUCCCACUUCCCCAUGGCGACCACAGUCAACCCCCCUCUGUGUGGUGUCGUCUGCUGGCUGCUCGCGCUGCUCCUCUCCCAGCUGCCCCUGCUAGCGCACGCUGCCUCCAAGGACAUAGUGUGCGAGCCCAUCACGGUUCCCAUGUGUAAGGGCAUUGGGUACAACCUCACCUACAUGCCCAACCAGUUCAACCAUGACACCCAGGAGGAGGUGGGGCUGGAGGUCCAUCAGUUCUGGCCCUUAGUCCGCAUCCGCUGCUCCCCAGACCUGCUCUUCUUCCUGUGUUCCAUGUACACCCCUAUCUGUCUGCAGGACUACAAGAAGCCCCUGCCCCCCUGCCGCUCUGUGUGUGAGCGGGCCAAGCGAGGCUGCUCCCCCCUCAUGAUCCAGUAUGGUUUUGAGUGGCCAGAGAGGAUGAGCUGUGAGCAGCUGCCUCAGCUGGGAGACGAGACUCUGUGUAUGGACCAGAACAGUAGCGAGACCACCACCCUCGCCCCUUCCUUCCCCAAACCCACCCCCAAGGGCACCCGCCGCAGGCAGCCUGCCCCCAAGCCCCCCGCCCCCCAGGAGUGUGACCGGGACUGCCGCUGUCGGGACCCUCUGGUGCCCAUCAAGAAAGACGCCCAUCCCUUAUACAACCGGGUCCACACUGGCCCUGUGGAUAACUGUGCCCAACCCUGCCACCACCCUUACUUCUCCCAGGACGAACGCACCUUCACCACCUUCUGGAUCGGCCUGUGGUCCAUCCUGUGCUUCGUCUCCACCCUGACCACCGUGGCCACCUUCCUCAUCGACAUGGAGCGCUUCCAGUACCCUGAGAGACCCAUCAUCUUCCUGGCUGCCUGCUACCUCUUUGUCUCCCUGGGCUACAUUAUACGACUAGUGGCGGGUCACGAGAGGGUGGCGUGCGCUGGGAGCGGAGACCAGCAGCACAUCCUGUAUGACACCACCGGCCCACCCCUGUGUACCCUGGUCUUCCUGCUCAUCUACUUCUUCAGCAUGGCCAGCUCCAUCUGGUGGGUGGUGCUCUCCCUCACCUGGUUCCUGGCCGCGGGCAUGAAGUGGGGCAACGAGGCGAUUGCUGGUUACUCCCAGUACUUCCACCUGGCUGCCUGGCUGAUCCCCAGCGUCAAGUCCAUUGCGGUCCUCGCUCUGAGCUCUGUGGACGGAGACCCGGUGGUGGGGAUCUGCUACGUGGGGAACCAGAGUCUGGAGAGCCUGCGGGGGUUUGUGUUAGCUCCCCUGGUGGUCUACCUCUUCACCGGAUCCCUGUUCCUCCUAGCGGGCUUUGUGUCUCUGUUCCGCAUCCGCAGCAUCAUCAAACAGGGAGGGACCAAGACCGACAAACUGGAGAAGCUGAUGAUCAGGAUUGGGUUGUUUACGGUGCUUUACACCGUUCCUGCUACUAUAGUAGUAGCCUGCCUGGUGUACGAACAGCACUACAGGCCGGGCUGGGACCGGGCUCUAUCCUGCUCCUGUCAGGCUGAGAGACAGAGGCUGGGCCUGGGGCCCGACUACGCCGUUUUCAUGUUGAAGUACUUCAUGUGUCUUGUGGUGGGCAUCACGUCAGGGGUGUGGAUCUGGUCUGGGAAGACCCUGGAGUCCUGGAGGAGGUUCACUGCUCGCUGCUGCCCCUGUUGGGUCUCCAAGCCCACCGUGCCCCCCUCCAUGUACAUUGAGGCCAGCACGGUCCUCACGGGACACCCCGGGGCAGCUCUGCCACCAGGGUCCUACCACAAACCUGCCCCGCCCUCACACGUGUGAAUGGGACCCUAGAGGGUAGAGGAGCCCCUAAUGGUGUCCAGUGAUAGCUCUGUCAUAUGUGAGAACGGGCCUCACCUUGACGUUGGACGUGAUAAAGCAGUUCUCUGGAAGCAAAAGGGUCAGAGGACAACCAGGAGAUGAACCAAGUCAUUCCACAGGUUGUAAAUACAUUUAUCAACAAACCUGCCUCACUGACACUUUUCAUGGAACAUAGAACACAUGUGUUUUUAACAGAAAAGAGGGAUAUUGUAGAAAUCACAAAGUGAAUUUCUUUGAAUGAAAUGGGACGUUUGUAUCAUAUGAGCUCUUUGGUACAACUGGUACUCAUCGCUGCCUUGGCAAAGUACCACUACUUCAACAGACCCACAGAGGUAUUCAACUUUUACCCUACAAGGCUUGAAGCCUGCUGGUUUUCUGUUCUACCUGAUAAUUAAUUGCACCCACCUGGUGUCCCAGGUCUCAAUCAGUUCCUGAUUAGAGGGGAACAACGUAAAAAUGCAGUGACACUGGCUUCGCUGGCCAGAGUUGAGUUUGAGGGCACUAGAACAUUCUCUGAGGGGAAAAAGGGAGUUGUGUUUUCGUCAGACUGUGGAUGGACGUAUAACCUGCACAUCUGGACCAUUAGAUGACUCACUAUUUAUUCCUGUAUAUAUGAUGCUCUAUAAAAGACUAUGGAUUUUGCUUACCCAGAAUGCCACCAUUAUUCAGUGUGGACACUGGGUCCUUAAUGGAUGAAAAUAUUUCAUGUGUUUCGUUGCAAUCCCAGUGGUUUGAAUCACUAUUCAGUAUGAAUCUAGUAAAUGUGUGGUGUAUCUGUGGUAUGGAUGUGUUUGUAUGCUGCUCCAGUUCAAUUAAUCCAGUACGUACCAAUACACACAAUCUGCCCUAUCCUGCCCGGUAAAAUCCAGUUUGGUUGACCAACUGGUCUGUGAACACCCUAGCCGGUCUUUAUAGUAGUAGGAUGAAGAUCUCUAGCCCAACUGUUGACCAGAUUCUGGACUGGACCUAUGGUUAAAUCAGCUUUCAGAGGUCAUCUGAAAAUGGAUGUGUAGUCUACUAGUAUAUCAAUAAACAAGGGCCUCUUUUUCUCAACCAGUAUUUUGUGUUAGAAGUCGUGGUCAAAAGUAGCCUCUAGAAAACACUAAUAGCAGUUGUAAGGAGUUUAAUGCUUUGGAAUAGUUUUGAUAUGGACCAUGUUGUAAAGUGGUUUAGAGGGACUGUCUGUUUGUAGAUCAGUCUCACAGGCCAGAAGAGAAGGCAUGGCCAAAGUGCACCUGACCUCCCUCUGAGUUCUGUGUUACACCCCCUGCUGGUACACACUGGAACUGUUCACACCAACCCAAUGGUAAAUGUACAGGUUUCGGUAGAGAUACUCUUAAUGAUCGGCUAUGAAAAGCCAACUGACAUUUACUCCUGAGGUGCUGACUUGCUGUACCCUCGACAACUACUGUGAUUAUUAUUAUUUGACCAUGCUGGUUGUUUAUGAACAUCUUGGCCAUGUUCUGUUAUAAUCUCCAGCCAGAAGAGGACUGGCCACCCCUCAGAGCCUGGUUCCUUUCUAGGUUUUGGCCAUUCCAGGCCAAAAAAAAACCUGUUUGGGGUUUUAGGCUGGAUUUCUGUACAGCACUUUGAGAUAUCAGCUGAUGUAAGAAGGGCUUUAUAAAUUUGAUUUGAUGAUGUCGAUCACCUGUAAACUGCACUGAACCAUGGGACACAUCACCUACGGCUCUGUAUACAUUUUCAAUGACCGCGUCAGUACUCACAUUGAGUCAGACGUUUACAAAAUGGUCAAAAGGUAUCCAGCAGGCAUAGGCCUACACAUCGAACUGGUGGACAGCUAGACUAGAACAUGGUUAACUCUGGGUGAACUAAAACCUUGUCCAGUUGCUGGUUUCUGACUUUCUACUUUGUUGUGCUUCAGAGUUUUUCUAACCAGACUAGUGUGUAAAUGUUCCAGUGUCUAAUUUAUUAGCCUGUUUCCUGACGUUCAGUGUGAGAGUUCUACUCUGCGGUGGCGUCCUUCAGUAGUCUGGACUGCAGCCUUGUGUGUGUACUACAUUCAAUGUGGCAAAUUCAUUGCUGAGAUUUUGCAAGAAAGAUUUAUUUCUAGAUAUUUCUGAAGAUGCAGCUCUCCCCUACUCUCAUUUCAUUUAGCUCUCACUGCUAGAGAAUUAAACUGUGGACCAAUCUG